AUGCAUCUCAAAAACAACACCCACCCAACAUGGUACAAGGAUCCGGGUCUCCGCAAGAAUGUCUGGCACUGCGUGGGCUUCUAUUUCGCUGUAUUCUACUUGGGAUACGACGCUUCUUUAAUGAAUGCGUUGCAGGCGAUCCCCGAGUGGGAGGAAUACUUCAAUUAUCCCUCGGGGAACACGCUCGGCCUCAUAUCUGCGAGUUUGUUCCUCCCUGCUAUCGUUACACCCUUUGCAGCUUCUUGGAUAAACGGCCUCUGGGGUAGAAAGUGGUGCUUGGCCAUUGGAUCUAUCCUCCUGAUCCUCGGUGCCUUCCUCAAUGCCUUUGCCAAGAACAUUGGUACCUUCAUCGGUGGGAGGGUAGUUAUUGGAGCAAGCGGGCCUUUUGGGAAGAUAACAGGCAUUGCACUGCUUCAGGAACUCGCCCAUCCUCGUCUUCGGCCGUACGUUGCCACAGCUUACUACAGCAACUACUACGUAGGCCAGAUUGUUGCCGCCUGGUUCGGCUAUGGAGCCCUAUCCUGGCCGUCAACCGAGUGGAGAUGGCGAGCACCUUGUUUGUUUCAGGCCUUUGCCCCAGCAGUUGUUCUGAUCCAUCUUCUCUUCGUUCCUGAGAGUCCACGAUGGCUGGUCGACCACGACCGGUCCGAAGAAGCACUCAAGGUUCUUGCCGACGAACACGCCAACGGUGACAUCAACGAUGAGUUGGUCAGAUACGAGUACGAUGAAAUUUGCCGCGCUCUACAACUUGAGAAGGAAAACAACAACGCCAAGUAUACCGACUUCCUCAAGACCCCUGGUAACAGGCGGCGGCUGCUUGUUCUAGUCACUAUGGGCACAGGCUCCAACUGGGUUGGCAAUGGCAUCAUUGCCUACUACCUCUCGCCGGCACUCAAGCUUGUGGGAAUUACGUCAUCAAGCGCCAUUGCUGGCAUCAAUGGUGGUAUGGCAAUUUGGUCUCUUCUCUGGGCCUACGCAGGAGCCAUGAGUGCAGAGCGCGUCGGUCGCCGCACGCUCUGGAUCACGGGAACCGCUGGAAUGUGCGCUGCUUACGCUGUUAUCACCGGUCUCAGCGGUUCCUUUGCCGAAAACCCCUCCCACAGCGUGGGUAUCGCCGUUGUUCCCAUGAUGUACAUCUUCAAGACCUUCUACUGCAUUAGUUGGUCACCGCUGCCGUUUGCAUAUGGCGCUGAGAUUCUGCCUUAUAAUCUGAGACUCAAGGGUCUCAGCAUCGAACUCAGUGUUCAAAGUGUUGCGCUGGCUUUUAACCAAUGGGUCAACCCUGUGGCCCUUGAAGCCAUUGCGUGGAAGUACUACAUCGUCUACAUUGCCGUCAUUGCCAUGUAUCUGGUACUUAUCUUGUUCUUUUUCCCCGAAACUAGAAACAUGACCAUCGAGGAAGUGUCUAUUCUUUUCGACACUGGGCGAAAGGGUGACGCCGCCGCAGCAACUCGCAAGUUCAUUAAUGAUAAGUCGGAGAAGGAAAGAGAAAUCCUUGGAGACGAUGACGACGUUGAGAAAGGACCGACUAUAUCUAAGAUUGAGCGGAUCUAG